GUUGUGCAACACCCUGGUCGCGCAUGUGCAGCAGUUGACUGCUACCUUGCCUGCCUUCGCCUCUUUUUACUUUAAAGAAGACUCUUCUCAUCGACAUCCAUUUUUCUUGUUCCUUCUCGAUCUUGAUGCUAAUUUGGGUUGAAACUUACCCAUAUUCUCUCACGAUCCCAACUUGGCCGGUCGUCUGAUCCUGGAUUCGAAUCAUGGCUUGCUCAGUAUUCAGCGCCGGCUUUCUACGCCUUCCGCCGUCUACUGCUGCUCUCCUUAUCAGUAUGGUAUUUGGGUUGACAAAUAGUCAUUUGCUGCCCAGACAGACGAAGACUGUUGAGCUUCACGAGUUGAAUGUCGUUCCUUUUCCGCGGCCAACGGAAGCUCCAGUCUUACUAUCCGACUUGUUACGAAGGCAGGGACAGAACACAGUAUGCGGCUUUAUCGGGGGUAAUCCAAACCUACCUGCGACAUGCCUGGCAGGGUCCCAUUGCGUAUUGGAACAGGAUCAUGGUGUGGUGGGCUGCUGCCCGGACGGCGGAACUUGCUCGACGGGUAUAUUCACUGGUUGCGUGGACCGGAACAGCGAUCUGCAAACCGAAAUCAAUCCUUAUGUGUAUACGUGCCAAGGGUCGGACGUGUGCUACAGGAAUAACUUUGCUGGCGGGUAUUACCAGUUUGGUUGCGGAACCGCAUCGUCACUGGGUACUACUGUCGAAACAUCCGUCGAUGGCAUGACAAGCUUGGUGUUCGAAGAGACAUCAGUAUCGUUAACGGCAUCGCCGUCAAUCCUUCCCGAGCCUACUUCCAUCGGGUCCCAGCCUUCAAGUGCGACGGAGGACCCUAGCCCGGAUCCUCCUCCUAGUGGGUCUGAUACACCUUCGAGUGCGACUGAGGACCCCAGCCCUAGUGCGUCUGAUACAGCAUCACCAACGUCACCAACGUCACAAACACCCUCAGUUACAACAGACCCUUCGUCUGUCUCUGAAGCCUCUGAAUCUUCGCCUUCACUGUCACCGCCAUCCUCCGCGUCCUCCUUGUCACAACCCUCAUCUUUGCUUACAUCCUCCGUAUCCGACUUAUCACAAACCUCAUCUUGGUUUACAUCCUCUCCAUCGUCGCCAAGAUCUUCAACAUCUUCAAUAUCUACAUCAUCUUCGCUUACAUCUUCGUUUUCAUCAACAACAUCGCCUUCAUCGACCACCAGCACAAAUACGUGGCCGAGUAUAACAUCCUCAUUUGGUGCCGGAGAACCCACCGAUUCCAGUUCGCCCACGGCGGCAGCCGGAGCUAGUGGGACUAAUAGGGGGGCUAUUAUCGGGGGUUCCAUCAGCGGAGCCGCUAUUCUAAUAGCGAUAAUUGUCGCCAUAGUCCUCUUCUUCCUGCGGAAGCGGCGUGGUAACAACCGCGAAGGUCCUGGGCCUUUACCAACAAACGCGCCGCCCAGGACAGACUUUCGUACAGUCCAAAAAAUCACGGCGCUGCGUUUGCGCCUCUCCCCUCGUGGCAAGACGAAGAGGAAGACAGGAGACCCCUAACUCAAUACACUAGCCAACCGUACCGCGCGCUCCCCGAGCCGCCGCCACCUAAAGCAGAAUC